AUGGGGCGUGAUUCGGCUUUGUUCAGACUCUACUCUCAGGUGGAUUUCGAGGAAAUCCGGUUGAAUGGUGGCCGAAAGAAGAAAACCGCCAAGAAAGUCGCCUCAACCAAAGCAAAGGCCGAUGGGAAAGGCAAAGAAAAGAUAACUUUCUCAGAACCAUCUCAGCACACAGAAGAUGAGGAGUGGGCCUCUGAGAGAACAGACACCAAAAAGACGGAGGAUGAUAGAACGGUCCUCAAUGAAGACGGCUCGGCCCAGAGUCCUAAGGAUGCCGCACCAAACACCAACACUGAAACCACCGAGGGUGGAGAAGAGGUUGAUAAAGAAACCGAUGAUGAAGGCGACAACACAGAGAGGGAGGAGGCCGAAGAAGCAGAAGCCGAUAGGAUAACUGGGAACCUCCUUCAAAGCAUCAGAAGAAAAGCCGAGUCGGUUGAAGAACUAUACCUGGAGUGGCACGAGCACCGGUUUGAUACACCGUAUAGACAAAUCCUACCGGGCCACACAGAUGAGCAAUGCAUACGCAGACUGGAGGAAGUGGAGGACCUGAUGAUGAACGUUACGAAUUCCAACACACUUCAGGAGGUACAACACCGAACUUGUCUCUUGUUACCGAAAACUCAACUUCGGAAACUAAAGACAAAAAUCCGGAAAAUUAAGGAAGAGCUCAACAAGAUGGAAUCGGUAGGCACCCUAGCGCCGCGGGUGUUAGCAAGGCUUGAAAAAGCCAAAGGAGAACUAAUUCAAGAAGUCGAGCGGCUGGAAGCCAUAUGCAGCCGAAUGAAAGUACCGGUCUAUAACACUCCCGUGAUCGAAAGGUUUCCGGUCGACUGUCCAACACCUCCAAGGGAGGAUACGGCACCAAUAGAACUUCCAAAAGAAAAUGCUGCACCGAUAGAGUCCAGUGAAAGAGCCGAUCCAAAUCUCACCGAGCGAUCACCUCCACCUCCGCCGGAGGUUCUCGUUUCAGACGUUACUAAAGAAUGGGUUGAGGACCGCAUUAAAGAGUUCGACGAGACCACGGUUCAGCCGUUCAAAGUUAGAUUCGGCAGGAUAGUUGAUUCGGCCCUAAAAUUCACCGACGCCACAAAGAAUCUAUUGGAAAGCCAUCAAGAACGGUGCUCAGACCUCGGCAAAGGUCUGUGGGACGUGGCGGUUCAGCAAGACAAAUGUGUUCAGCGAACCACAAUUCUGGAGGAUGUGACCUCCGAGUUAAAGAAAGACCUCGACCGGCUUGAAAGGGAUACUGAUCAACGGCUGAAUACGAUGAGUGGGGAUCUGAUCGGCACGACACUUACCCGGGUCUCCGAACUCGAAAAGAUAAAUGGGGGUCUCGUGGCCGAAGAUGCGCUGGAUGCCGAAGCAGGAAAAGAUAAAGAGGCUCCGCGCUCAUCUCAGCUGACUGAAGCGGAAGUGGAAGCCGCGCGAAUUCAAAGAGGAGAGGCCCUGUUCCCAGGGUUUGCUGAUAAAGUAGCCACUCUAGCAGCAGAGGAUGCUGAACGGUUGGAAAGGGAGGCACGGAGGCUGGAAGGCUAUGCAAAGGAAAACGAGAAGAAGAAGAAGGCGGCCGCCUCCGCCUCAGCGCCGAAAAAGCGGAAGAGGGAAGCUACUAAAAAGGAGGCUCUUAAGAAGGUUCAGAUUGCAGAGCUGCUCAGAGAGGUCUCUGAACCAGUCAUCCCAAGUACAUCGGAGCAGGACGACCAAAUCGAAGAUGAAGUCGAAGCACAACUACGGUCUCGGUCUACAAGACGACGAUCUUCCGAACCGACCGGUAGACAGCAACCAAAGAAGAAGAGCAUAUAUGAACUCACGGACUCUGAUUAG